AUGAUAAUGCACCAAGCAGUUACUCAUCAGCUAAUAGGUUUCAGGCCCUGCAGACAUUAUGCCAGGCACUAUGAUCUCCUUAUGUCUCACAAUGUCACUGAAUUUGUUCUCUUGGGACUCACACAGAACCCACACUUGCAGAAACUACUCUUUGUUGUUUUUUUGUUCAUUUUCCUAUUUACUGUGCUGGCCAAUCUGCUCAUUGGCAUUACCAUCUCCCUCAGCCCCACACUUUCAGCUCCCAUGUACUUUUUUCUCACUUACUUGGCCUUCAUAGAUGCCUUUUACUCAUCUGUCACCACCCCCAAAAUGAUCAUUGACCUGUUGUACCACAGGAUAACCAUCUUCUGGCAUGGCUGCCUGACUCAGCUCUUUUUGGUACACUUUCUGGGAGGAUCAGAGAUCAUUGUCCUCAUUGUCAUGGCCUAUGACCGCUAUGUGGCCAUCUGCAAGCCUCUGCACUACAAGACCAUCAUGCGACAGGGGCUCUGCCAGCUCCUGGUGAUGGUGGCCUGGAUUGGGGGGAUCUUGCAUGCCACUUUGCAGAUUCUUUUCACGGUGGACUUGACCUUCUGUGGUCCCAAUGUCAUUGACCAUUUCAUGUGUGAUUUCUUCUCACUGUUGGAAAUUGCUUGCAGCCACACCAACAGACUUGGAAUGGUGGUGGCAGCUAACAGUGGGGCCAUGUGCUUGUUCAUUUUUUUCAUGCUACUCAUCUCCUACAUAGUCAUUCUGAGCUCUCUGAAAUCCCAUGGCUCUGAAGGACGAUGCAAAGCCCUCUCUACAUGUGGCUCCCACUUUACAGUAGUCGUACUCUAUUUUAUCCCUUGUAUAUUCAGCUACACACGUCCUGUGACCACUUAUCCUGGGGACAAGUGGGUGAGUGUUUUCUUUAUAAUCCUCACACCCAUGUUAAAUCCUAUCAUUUACACAGUGAGAAAUACAGAGGUGAAAAAUGCCUUGAGGAGUUUGUUAAAGAGGCAUGUAGCUUAG